UUUGUCUCUUCAGUUAUUUUUCAGUUUGCUGACAGAAGCUGACCUCAGAGAGUCCCUGCAGGAGACCGUCCUGAUGUUCUGUCUCUGAGCUCCAGUCCGCCCCCCCUUGCUGGCAUGGACAGCGCCCCCCGAAGGUGGGUCCUGAAGCCCCUGUCCCCCCCCCUGCAGCCCUCAGACCUGCGCAGCCUGGCCGGACCCCCCCAACCCCAAACAAACCCCCUUGAAAACAUCUCCAUCGCUCGCAGCCCCUCCUCCGUGGUGGUCUCCUCUCAGGGCGACCGGUCCAAAGACGUGGUGGUUCAGGUCCGGCAGGUCGCUGUGUCUCAGCCCGUGGAGGAGGAGGAAGAUGAAUAUGAAGACUGGCCUCCAAGCAGCCCCGGCAGCAGCUCUGGUUCUCACAGUGGUUUCUACUCCUUCGUGGACGACCCGGCGAGUCCCGAAGCCGAGCAGAACCAGAACUGGAUGACAUCUCCGCGGCGGCAGAAGCAGUUGGCGACGCUGAAGGAGGAGCGAGGCUUCAGACUGCAGAGCUACACCGGGACCAGGAGGCCGGAGAGCCUGUUCCCAGAGACCGACGGAGACGAGAGGUACCGCCUGGACCUGAGCACCGAGGAGGUCCUGGAGGAAGAGGAGAAGCAGCUCAGGAGGGAGGAGAUCAUCCGGAGCCAGGCGCCGAAGAAGAGCUCCAGAGACCAGGAGGAGGACCUGAAGAGCCAGACCUCCAGAGACCAGGAUGAGGAGCGACUGUCCGAGGGGUUCAGCUUCAGACCUGCUGAGAACAUCGACCAGGAGCAGAUCAGCUUCAGCGCCGCCAGGCAGCAGUUCCUGCAGCUGGAGCAGGACCGGCUGGUUCCCUGGAGGAUGCACCUGAACAUGCGCUCUGCACGGUCCUCCCAACACCACAGAGAAGAAUCUACAGCAUUUAAAGCAGUAGAACAAGAGCAGGAGACGCACCCGGAGAGGAGGGUGGUGGUGGUGAUGUCCGACGACCUGGACUCCGGUCUGGAGGAGCUCUCAGUGGGCGGGGGGUACGGCAGCGACGAGGGCAUCUUUAACGACACCAGGAGAAUCUACGAAACCCCCAUCGAGAGGGAGAUCCAGUACGAGACCCCCAUCGAGAGGGAGAUCCUUAAUGAGACCCCCAUCGAGAGGGAGAUCCGGUUGGUUCAGGAGCGAGAGGAGAACCUGAGGAGAUCUCGAGGCCUGACGCUCAGCGACUGCAGGGGGGAGAUGAUCCAGAUCAAAACCAAACGACUUCUGACGCCGGUCAAAGCCAGGGAGAAGAACCGGGUGAGCUUCCUGAUCCAGAGGGAGAUCCAGAAGGAGACCCAGAGGAAGGAGGUUCCUCCGCAGGAAAUGAGGAGCGACUUACACCAGAGAGGCGAGGACGAGAGGACAGAAGAAAGACCGGCGUCCGAGUCUGGAGACACCGAAGUCUUCCCGUCUCCCUGCUGUCCUCAGCCAGAGGAAACUGAGCUGUUCAUCAGGAGUUCAGCUGCUUCCUCCCCUCGAUCCUCCUCACCUUUCUCACCCUCCUCACCUUCCUCACCCACACCUCGGUCCUGGAGGCAGAACCUGCAGACCACCGGCCUGCAAACCCGAGGACAAGGAACGCCUGACUUCAUCGAGAAGGAGAUCCAGGAGACGCUGAGGAGGGAACAAGAGCUCAGGGAAUCCAGGGAGUCCAGGGAUCUGAAGGAGUCCAAGGAGUCCAGGGAUUCCAGGGAGUCAAGAGAGUCUAGAGAGUCUGGAGAGUCUAGAGAGUCCGGGGAUUUGAAGGAGUCUAGAGAGUCUAGAGAGUCUAGAGAGUCUAGAGAGUCUAGAGAGUCUAGAGAAUCAAGAGAGUCUAGAGAGUCUAGAGAAUCAAGAGAGUCUAGAGAGUCUAGAGAAUCAAGAGAGUCUAGAGAGUCCAGGGAGUCCAGGGAUCUGAGGGAUCUGAGGGAUCUGAGGGAGUCUAAAGAGUCUAGAGAGUCCAAAGAGUCCGGGGAUUUGAAGGAGUCUAGAGAGUCUAGAGAGUGUAGAGAGUCCAGGGAUCUGAGGGAUCUGAGGGAUCUGUGGGAGUCCAAAGAGUCCAGGGAUCUGAUGGAGUCCAGGGAUUUGAAGGAGUCUAGAGAGUCUAGAGAGUGUAGAGAGUCCAGGGAUCUGAUGGAGUCCAGGGAUCUGAAGGAGUCCAGGGAGGAGGCGGAUGGACGACUCUUCUCUCCGACUCCUCUGGUGGAACAGGCAACAAAGAUGGCCGUCAGUCAGUUCUACCCAUCGCCAAACACAGAUAAACCCGUCAGCGUCUCGUCUCCUCGACCCUACGUCCGGCAGCCCUCCCUCUCCUUCAUCACCGCUCAGCCCUGGUCCCCCUCCUCCUCUUCCUCAGCUCCUCCUCAUCGCCUCCUUACUUCCUUCUCCUUUUCCUCGCUUCCUCCUCACCUCCUCCCCUCUUCCUCCUCUUUCUCAUCUCCUUCUCACCUCCUUACCUCCUCCUCCUCUUCCUCACUUCUUCCUGACCUCCUCCCCUCUUCCUCACUUCCUUCUCCCCUCCUCCCCUCUUCCUCACCUCCUCCUCUCCUCCUCCCUUCCUCACCUCCUCCUCUCCUCCUCCCUUCCUCCCCUGCUCCUCUCAGAGGCCUGACAGAGACGCUGCUGCAGGACUUUGAGGAGAGACGAGUGAAGGAGAAGCUGGAGGACGGCGCGUAUGCAGGGAUCCUGCUGGUGGACGACGUGAAUAACGAGGUUGUUGAGUCGACUCGAGUUAUUCGACAUAAAAACCAGCGAGCUCUGCGCUGGGAGGCCGGAGUGUUUUCCAACGAGGAGGAGAAGUGAGACAGAACCAGAACCUGAACCUGAACCUGAUCCAGAUCCAGAUCCAGAACCAGGACCUGAACCUGAUCCAGAUCCAGAACCAGAUCCAGAACCAGAACCAGGACUCGGUUCUCUCAGACUUAAAUGGUUUUUAAACUGGGACACUCCAAACGGCUGCUCCUGAUUGGUCCUCUCCUCGUCCAAUCAGCUGCAGAGACGAUGUUUCUGAUUCAUAAAGAAAUUAAAGAGUUAAAGUGAGUUUGUUUUGAUCACCUGACGCAGAGAAAACAAGAAGUGAUUGUUUGAAUGAUUUUAAACUGAUGCAUCUAAAAAUGACACAAAAAUAAAAUAUAUUUUUUAAACUGUC